AGGAAAAAACAGCACCGAAGAAGAAAGUGUCUUACCACGCAGGCGCAAUCAUAAACUACUAGUGACAUUACCGUGUUGAGGGUGUUUUGCUAAAAAUUAAUAGGUGGAGAAUUUUUUUGUGUAUUUCCGUUAUUCUAACUGGGCUAGAUAACGGUACACUUUAAAUGAAGGCGCGUGAAUAACAGACUGCUGCAAACAUUGGGAUAUAAAGUGCUUUUUGGCUGUCUUCAAACCGACGUUGAGCGAGUAAAGUGAUGCAACAUGGCAGCAGCGGCUGUCAAUAGGGGCUUUCUUUCAGCAUUAAGGACUCAAAGUUGGUGUCAGACCCGAGGACUUAACUCGUUAGCUGAGAGGACAGUCAGUCGUGUCUCCUCUGCUGUGAUAUGUAACCACGAGGCUGCAGGAGGACACACAAGCCCGGACAGGAGAGCUCAAGCUGGGGAGAGAAGAAGAAGAAACGGUCGGGACAGCAACAGAAGCUCCUCUUUGCUCACCUCCGUGUCGGUGGGUUUGGGGCUCUGUGGUGCUGCGCUUCUGGACACUGAAAAAGACCUAACGGGGGACAAAGAAGUGGCAAUAUCCCGGGGAUUUCUCCAGCACAUCCUCCCAUCGGCUCAGUGCGCUUCUCCCUUCAAACCAGACGGCCCCCGAUUUAAGUACAACUUCAUCGCAGAUGUGGUGGAAAAAUCCACUCCAGCUGUGGUGUACAUUGAAAUCGUGGGCAGACACCCGUUCUCAGGGCGAGAGGUCCCAGUGUCAAACGGCUCCGGUUUUAUCAUCAGCAGCGAUGGUCUCAUCGUCACUAAUGCCCACGUUGUAGCCAACAAGCGAGGUGUCCGUGUGAAGCUCACCAAUGGAGAGACGUAUAAUGCCACCGUGCAGGAUGUCGACCCUGUGACUGACAUCGCCACCAUCAAAAUCUCUGCGAGGAACCCGUUACCCACUCUCACACUCGGCCAGUCGUCUGACGUCCGACAGGGAGAGUUUGUGGUUGCUAUGGGAAGCCCGUUUUCGUUACGAAAUACAAUCACAUCGGGGAUCGUCAGCUCAGUGCAGAGAGGCAGUAAGGAGCUGGGCCUGUCCAACUCCAACAUGGAGUACAUACAGACCGAUGCAACCAUUGAUUUUGGAAAUUCUGGAGGUCCCCUCGUUAAUCUGGAUGGUGAAGUCAUUGGUAUAAACACCAUGAAGGUUACUGCUGGCAUCUCCUUUGCAAUUCCAUCUGAUCAUGUGAGGCUUUUUCUGGAGAAAGCAGCCAAAAGAAAAAGCACUUGGUUUCAUAAGGAUGAGACGAAGCAGCGGUACAUUGGUGUUAUGAUGCUGACGCUGACGCAGAGGAUCAUUGCUGAGCUGAGGUUGAGAGACUCAUCUUUUCCGGAUGUGACUCACGGUAUCCUGAUUCACAGGGUAAUCAUGGGCUCUCCAGCUUACAGAGCUGGCAUGCAAGCCGGAGACAUUGUGCUGGAGAUAAACGGGGCCAAAGUGAACACCUCAGAGGAGAUCUACCAGGCCGUCCGCAGCAGCGACAAAAUCACUAUGCAGGUGCAGCGAGGACAAGAGUUACUCCGCCUUCACAUAACUCCCGAGUAUAUAGAUUAAUGCAAACCGCAUUAUUUCAUGUCAGCCGCUGGCCAGAAUGAGACGUUAGCUUGUGUAUACCAGAAAACUGUGAAUGCUUACAGUAACUGUGUUCAAAAGAAAAUGUUUGCUGUUUAAUAAAUUGAUUUUAUGUAAAAGUUUUCUUAUAUUCUCCAGUAUUUCACUAACUUUUGGAGGUGUCAGCUUACAGUGAAUGUGUAGGCAUUUUAGCCACAGUAAGUGUUACCUGUUUAAAACUACACUGGUGCAGUCUUCAUGGUGCCAUUUUUCAUUAAAUGGUAAAAACCAUGUCAUGCUGACUGAUUAUUCAUGGAGGGGUUCUCAGUGAAUUCUACCUCUACUUUCUUACUUAUUGCUCAGAGUAGCCAAACUUGUGUCUCUUGUAAUGAUUUGUGUCCAAAAUGCAUUAUUUGUAAAAUAAAAGCUCACGGAGCCUGAGAGGGUGCACUUUAUUAAAGCCAUUUAAUGUUGUUAGGACAGCAAAAGGAAGCAAGAGAGACCCAACACUAUGGCAAGGAUGAAUGGUAUUAAACUGACUACCAUUACAUGAGCACAGAAGUCACAAAUGUUGCCGCUAUGAUGACGAUGAUGAGAGUAACAUAUGAAGUCGCACUGAUUUGAACUGCUUUGAGUAUGUCACACACAGUAAGGACCAAAAAGGAAAAAAAAGACAUGAAUUCAAUUCAUGAAUGUUUAAAAUGCCAAUCCUGCAUGAGAAGUAAACGUGAGGAGGUUAUUUGGAUUUCAUUGAGCACUCUGAAGCCAUAAUGAGCAAAAUAGAAUUUCCCUGGUAUAUGUACAGUAACACACACUUACAGUAAAGUAAUAAAGUGACAUGUACUGGACUGCUACACAAUUUCAUGUAUUAACCUCAAAGACUGAUAGCUAAUAAAUUGAGAUAACAUUUAUUAAACAAUAUUUUAAACAAUAUAUUCAUACUUCUGGACUAAAGACAUCUUAUUAGGUACGAGUACUACAACAUACAAGUAUGGGAGGAAAAAUACAAUUGUUCAACAAACCCCAUUAAAACUACUUUAAAAAGGCUUAAUAUAUAUUGCUGGUAAUAUUUUUUCUUUUUAAGAAAAUAUAAAUUGUGCGACUGAAGCUUACAAUACACUGCUGGCAGUGGCGCCAGAUUCUGUGGUGACCAGCUGGGAAUGGGUCAUCCGUCAAGGCGCCGUGUGCUGAGAAACUCCCAGGAAGAGAGGGAAAGAAGAAAAAA